UCAUUACUUCGCGUCUUCCAUGACCUCCACGAGAGCCAAGGACUUCCUCGCUAAAGAGCUGUUUAUUAAGAAAAAUGUGGUCACAUUCCGGUCCUUGAGUCGCGAGCUCGGUAUUCACGUCAAUGACGCCAAGAAUGAGCUUGCCGCGUAUAUAGCGGAAACAGCAAACAGCGACACGCCAUCAUUCGCGACGUACAUGGUCUCUGGUCAGAUUGCUCCACUGCACAACAAUGGAAGCCUUGUUGAUGCAAUGGACGUCGGUCACGAUGAUGACAAUGCACACCAACCUGUAAUGCACUCGAAGAUAGUUCUGGUAGACUGCGAUGGUCUGCAACAUGCGAAAGCUCAAUUCUCCCGUAUACAUUCCGUGUAUAUAUACAGCUUGUCGCCUUCAGUCAUACGCGACGCUGGUUUGAUUUGCCAACCGACGGUCAGUGUCCGGACUACAGACGCAAAGGGUAAUCCCGCGCUCAAUGGGAAGAUAAUCGGUGAACACGUGAAGACCAGGAAAGGACUACCCAAAAAUGUCUCUGCAGCAUCAUCAUCAAAGACAACCUUAGAUGUGCAGAAGCCAAUCGUCCCCCAGCCGUCUGUUUUACCGCGAAAAGUAGAGCAGACGACAGACAAGGGUAAGCAGAACGAAGUGUCAAAAGACAAGGAGCAUGCAAAACCACUUGCUGCAGCGAAGGAACAGACCAAGCGGACUGGUAAACUAGAUUGGAGUAAGGGCAAGAGUAAGGAGCAGGAGACUACAUCAGGAGCACGUGUCAAGGACAAGCCUCAACCUAGGCAGGAUACUAAAACUUCGUCGUCAUCGGCAAAGUUGGCCGAUAAAGCGUCGGGUAAUGGUGAUGUGGGUCAGCAGUUGAUGAAGAAGCCUAUCUCAAAGGUGCCUGCAGUCGAACCGAAGCGAGCUACUAAGCGCAAAUCGCCUGAUCCAUCAGACUCGGAUGUAGACGUCGAAGACAAGCCAUCGCCUAAAGACAGGAAGGCGAUGCCUUCCGCAAUGAGUAAUGCAAGAGUGAAAAAGGCCACACAAAAAAUCACUCGGUCGACUUUAGACUCUGAGAGGAGCCGUGCGGCAAUGAUGGAUAUUGAUGAUGAUCAAGUUGUCAGAGCUUCCCGCUUGUCCUCUCAUGAUACUGGUGACGAGGUCGACCAAACUGACGUCGACGCUCUGAUAUCUAGCCUCGGCGAGGAGGAGGAGGAGGACGAAAUUCAAGAAAGUAGUCCCGUCGGGCGCAACGGUUUGAAGAAACGUCGCGUCUUAAAAAGUCGCACCACCACCGAUGCCAAAGGCUACAUGCAAGCGAAGAAGAGGAAAUCUAGGAAAGUGGUCCCCGUCGGGCGCAACGGUUUGAAGAAACGUCGUACCAUGAAAACUCGCACUACCACUGAUGCCAAAGGCUACACCCAUGAAGCUAUGAAAGUUGUACCUGAGGAUGCAAAAAAGUCCAAAGGCAAGAAAAAGACAGAACCGAAAUCAAGGAGACGAACUCCUUACGCGGGGACUAAAACCCAGGCUGGGAGAGCACCGAAACGUGGUGGUCUUUUGAAUUUCUUUGGACCCGACAAGAAAUAGCGGUCGGGUUAUACUAGGGGACCAGGCAAUGUAGUUAUGAUUUUGGUUAUGCAGUUAGGAUAGAUAGGCGCUCCUUGGAUUAUGAUAUCAGGUGGGGAAACGUGACAACGGUUCA